UAGGUGGUUGAUGCAGCAAUCCCUGAUACUUACUUGCAUGCGCCAUGACGCCCGUGGAGGUACCCAAUGCAGCAGGAGGAGGAGAGAUGAGGAGAGUGAACGUGGUGUACUUCCUCAGCCGGAAUGGCCGGGUGGAACACCCGCACCUCCUCCGCAUCCAUCGCCGUCGUCGAGACCACGUUUACCUUCGCGAUGUGAAGAGAUGGCUGUCGGAGUUCAGAGGGAAGGACAUGGCCGACUCCUUCGCCUGGUCCUACAAAAGACGGUAUCGAGGCGGAUACAUAUGGCAGGACCUGAUGGACGACGACCCCAUCACGCCCUUCGCCGACGCCGAAUACGUGCUCAAAGGCUCCGAGCUCGCCACGGAUCCUCCCGUCUCCACCCCCAGCAAAAAGGUGAUGAUGCCGGCGUCGACGUCGGCGGUCGAUGAGGAACCACCCAAAGUGGCGGCCUCAUCUGACGCCGACACUCUACUGGUGUUGCCGCCAUCGCCAACACAGCAGAAAGCGGCACCCGAGAUCGACGCGUCGAAGGUGGAAGCGAAGGAGAAGCCGAACGAGGAGAAGGAGGAGGAGAGAGGGGCAUCGAUAAUGGACAGCAGCAGCGACAGCAACAACUGCUCCAAGCGAGCGACGCAGGCGCUACGUAACAUCCUCCGGUGCAAGACCGCGGAUCAGACCGACGACGGGGCCCUGCGGCCGAUAAGCCGAGAGGGAGAGGAGCGGUCCGGCGGUGGCCGCGGCGGCGACAGUGAGGGUUCAAGGGAAGGGAGGACGAGGAGCGGCGGGGGGAGGAGGUGGCGGAAGGCGGGGAAGCAGGAAGCCGCCCCGGUUUACACGCCGGCGGCGACACCCAAUUGCUCGCAAUGUGGGAAGACAUUUAAGCUGCAGAAAUUGCAUUCACACAUGAAAUCAUGUAAAGGUCUCAAUGGACAAGUAGGGAUAUAAAGUCCCAGAUAUGAUGAAAAUGCUAUGGCAGUGAAUCGAAAAUGGAAGAGUUCAAGGCAGCAGUCCCCAAAUUUCUCAUGGUAAAACAUGUUACCUAAAGCCAACAAUGCAUUCCAGGUGGACAUGGUACUAUAUCUACCUAUCAUUACAAUAAGAACAAUAAGAAGAAAAGAGGUGACAAUCAUCAGAUCAAAUAAACUAGAUGGAACAUUUAAAGGUUGCAGUGAGUGUGUGGAGAUUAUGUCUCAGGUAUGGCACUGAUGAUGAUGAAUCUUUGAAAUGCUUUGGUUUUUGUGAUCAGUUUUGUUUUAGUUUUUCAUGUAUAUUCUUUGCAUACAUGAAUUUAUACAUGUAGUGUUUGGCUCUAUAUAUUCUUUAAACAAUAAAUAAAUGCAGGUGAAGUUAC